GCCGAGCGGCCGCCUGGAUUGUCAGUGGCCCCCGCGCUCGAUCUGGUACGCUCAAUCUUGACCGAGGCACGCGAGCGAGGCUCGCACUGCCUGGGCGGAGAAGUUGGCCGGCGCGGCGCUCGCAGCUCGACCCGAGGCAGUCGCUUUGUCCUGCCCCUGGCACAGUGAGCUUGGCGAGACUUGGCAACUCGGCGACAUGCGCGGCAGGGGAGGAGGGAGGGGAGGAGGGAGGGGAGGAGGAGGAGGAGGAGGAGGAGAAGGAGGAAGAACAAUAGAGAGGAGCGAGGAGAGGCUCACACUUGAAUGCUGAGGAGGCCAUGCGCUUCCUGAUCUCGGAAGCAAAUUCCUUAAACAGUUGAGUGCAACCACCAGGGACAUCCUCUCACCAUCUACAGGUGAGCAGCGCUUGAAACUGGGAGCGUAAAGGUCGUUCCACUCCGCAGUCUCCAGACGGCACUACACGCUGAAGAUAACUGUCCCUUUGCCUCGUGUGACCAGCAAUGUUUUGCUGGACGGUCAGAACACGGAGCCCCAAAUAAAAGCAUCAAGCUUGGAAUGGGUCCGCAGAACCACCAGGCUCUGCGAAACUGCCACCAACGUUACUCUUCCACGUGGGGCUCCGUCUAAAUCACAAUUAGCGCCAGACGGGCAUCUGAUAGAACCGACGAGCAACACGAGCCAUGUGGGAAAAAUUGAUACUGGUCAGACGCUUACCUAAAACCUAUAGCAAGCACGUUCUGCUUGCAAGUCUGGUGUGCCCGGCUGCAGCACCAUUGAUAACGCAAUUGCCCCUGCCAAUGGCUCGCGCAAACACCGACAAGGAAGGCUCUGUUCCGCACACCCGUGUACACAUACACUCCUGCAGGGUAGCCAGGCAGGGGCAAUGCUUCCUACGCGGUCGGGGCACCUUCGACGUAGAAGACAGCCCGCGGUCAGAACUCAGGAGAGACAUGCGAGAUAGCAGGAGAGAUUACGGCGGAAGGAGUACCAUAAACAUCCGAAUGAGCUCUAAAAUUGACGAAUGCGCAAUGCUGCGCACUCGCCCACAAAGGCGCUCUCUGUACAUUGCAUUUGGUUCAUGCGCCGAUGCAGAGUCUCUGGCGGGUUGCGAACUGCGAAACUGUCGCGAAGCUCCAAAGAGACUCGCACUAAACAUCGCCGUCCCUGCCGGAGGGAGGCUGCGAAACGCGACAUCUUCGCCACGUUCGAAAACUGGUGGGGGGGGCAGCACAAUAACGCCCUACGAGGUUCAGAGUACACCUCGCCAUCCCUGGCCUUCAUCGAAUCGCAGGCCUCGAGCGCAUCCGAUUUCCGCAAGUCGAGGUCACGCGCAUUGGCCUGGCCAACUUCCCCGCCCAAGUCCUGACUCCCCGGCCUGUCAGGGCCGCACAAUGCACGUGGUCGACGCCGAACGCAAGGACCCGGACGACCUGGACGCCGCGUGGUUGCAUCUCUACGCGAUGCUCUCCAGGGCCACGAAGGUCAAGCAUAUCAUGUUGAUGCGGGGCCCAGGGCCAGAGCUCUUGCCCCGCGGGCCGCCCGCGGACCUGGCGGCGCGCCUGCGCGCAUUUGACCCCUGCGCUGAAAGGCGCUGGGGCGAGGCCGAGCAGCUGGCAACGCAUAGCCUCGCUCAAUUUCUGUGUUAACUGUACCCGACCGCUUCGACGCCGCAGUGGCGCCAAUCAUCACCGAAACUGGAGAAAUCGCCC